CAUGGAGCAACUGUCUCCGAACCAGCCGCACUCGAACAAACUGCAAGUGCAAGCGAAUUACAACAAACUAUCGGACCACAUCAGAAGAUUGACCCCGCAGGGGGUGCAGUGCAGUGUGUUUUGUGGGGGAGUCAACUGUAAAUAUGAGAAUCCCGAAAAUUGGAAGGCGGACAGUUUGGCUCUGCAGGGAAUAUAUUCGCAUUGGAUCACCGAUGACAUACUGGCGAUGGCAAGGCCCAGUACACUAACAAUAGUACAAAAAAACGUGAUACAACAGUUCGAAAGUUUGGGCAUAAAAAGUAUUAUUAAUCUACAAUGUCCCAGGGAACACGCGAGUUGUGGACAACCAUUAGACGAUUCGGGAUUUUCGUAUGACCCGAAUAUUUUUAUGGAAAACAACAUAUAUUAUUACAAUUUCACAUGGAAAGAUUACGGCGACGCCACAUUAUUAGGUCUUCUGAACAUGGUAAAAGUCAUCGCCUUUGCCAUAACGGAGGGCAGAGUUGCGAUUCACUGUCAUGCAGGGUUGGGCAGGACAGGUGUGUUGAUUUCGUGUUAUUUGGUCUACGCACUGAGAGUGUCGGCGAACGACGCCAUCAGAUAUGUUAGAUUGAAGAGGCCAGGAUCGGUGCAAACGAAAGGACAAAUCGUUUGCGUUAGACAUUUUGCUCAAUUUAUUCUUCCCAAAACCAUUACAUUUUUUAUAAGAGAUACCAAUGAAGAUAAAUAUAUGAACCAAUUUUCGUUGCAAAGGUUCUUGAGAAGGCAACAAGUCUGUCUCCAUGGCUACGAGGAAAGAAACUUUAAAUAUAUUCCAAAGAUUAUACAUUUUAUAUGUGAACGUAUGUUAAAACUGUGUGCAUGUUGGGUGGAAGAAUUCCCCGCCUCCAAUAUUCCAUACACCGCUAAUUUCCUAACGGCCACGAUGCACGAAAAAAUGGAAAGACAAAACAGCAUCUACAGCAUAAACUGCAUCAGUUCAGACGCAAUUUAUCAAUUAAGCGAAAGCCUACAAUCUCCAUCGACUCCAUCAAACGACAUCUACUCGGCACCCUCAAGUCCAAACCCUUCUGAGAACGGCGACGCCAGCGACACCUUUUCUGAGUUCAGCACCUUGGAUGGGGAGGAGAUGAACGAGGAGUUGUUGUUGCAGAACAACUGUUUCAAAAAGCUGGAAAUAAAACGGAAGUUCCUGCAGGAACAAAACCUGGAAGACUGCAACACCUACGACGCCACGAGUCUGGUCGAAGCCCUGCUGAUGGACUACAACGAACUGGGCAGUGACUACAAGAAGAUCAUUAAACAGUACCAACAUCAAAUCAACAACUCCCAGCUGGGGUGGCUGAAGUUGUCCGUGGAGAAGGAUUUGAGAAUACUGGCGGGGCUUCUGUAUGAAUGGUUGGAGAAUUUGAAGACCCCCAUCAUAUCGAUUCAUUGUUUUGAACACAUCGUCAUUAAUUACAAACAGGCUGACGUUUGCUUCCAAAAAUUCCCCGUGGAAGAUGCUUAUUUGAUAGAGUACAUGUUAAGAUUUUUGUCUAAAAUACAACCAAUAAGUAAGGAAGACCAAGAACGUGUUCUGAAGAGGUUCGUGGCCGCUUUCGCACAUCAAAGUGUUGUGAUCGAUGGGAAAGUUCUACCUUCAGAGAAAGGUUUCAAAAGAGUGCGCGAUGGGACGUUCGCCUGUACGAUGAUAUUCCUCCAGUCACUUCUGGAGCUAAUUGACGACCACCACACACAGAAAACAGCAUUACCAAACAUAAGCGUGCAGGACGAAGACGAUGAUGACGAUGAGGUCGAGUAUGGAAGUGCAGAAAAUGAGAAUCUGUAAUUUUGACUGUGUGCCAAUGGUGUUUUUCUCUAAAAAAGUGUGAUAAAUAUAUUAUAUUGAAAUGUAAAGCAUGUUAAGAUAUUAAUUCUGUCUACUUCAAAUUUUUAUAAUGUUUUUCUUGAUGUAUUCUCAAUAUUGUCCAGGCUUAAAUGAUAAUAAGUUUUAUAAUGUAAUUUUAUGAAAAAAUAUAUGA